CCCGGCGGAGAAUGAUGGUCAGGGCUUCCCGGCCGGGAAUGAUGGUCAGGGCUUCCCGGCCGGGAAUGAUGGUCAGGCCCGGAGCCUGGGCUGCCUCCCGCACUCGGACUUCAAGUCGCUGUCGUGGUCGAUCCUGGCCGAGCGGGACCGACACUCGACGCUCGCCCUGAAGCACACGACGACGCAGAACUGGGAGAAGACGGGGGCCUACUAGCGGCAACAGCAGGUACACGACCUCCGCGUCCGGCAGCUCCAACUGGCGAGGGACGCGAGCCAGUGGGUGUUUGAGGAGGCGGCGAUCCGGGUCGACUGCGCCGGCUACGUGUACACGGUGCUGGCCAUCUGCGGGACCAUUGCGGUGGGAGGGCUGAUGCUGGGCAUCUUCCUGGGCACUUUUGUGCGGGACAGCAUCGCGCUCCAGGGGGUCGACCCGUUCGGCUUCACGAGCUACAGCUGGAUCAUUGCCGCGUUCAUCAUGCUCAUUGCCAAGUCGACGCGCGUCAACGAGUGGCCGUGGCGGGACUUCCUGCUGCGGCGCGUGACCUGCCGGUCCCUGAGCGAGCUGCACGCCGUCACGGGCGUCGACGAGCAGGACCUGCUCGCGUACCUGCUGACGAUGGAGUACGAGAACGUCCUGCGCACCUCGGGCCCGCACAACUCGGUCUUCAUGCGCCGCGCCGGCCCCGCCGAGGGCUUCUCGAUCGACGUCAAGCCCCAGAUGCGCACGCUGCUCGGGGCCGGCCUCAUCUUUGUCAAAGUGCUCCUGCGCAAGGAGCCCACGCUCGUCUGUCUCGACUUCCGCGCCGGGCUCAAGGAGGGCCGCAGCUCGAUCCGGCACAAGGGCACCCUAGAGCACACGGACAUCCACUGCCGGUAUCCUCCGGGCGCCGGCGAUCGCGUCCAGGAUGUCGUGCUGAACCAGCAGCCGCGCCAUCUCGAUCUGCACGGCCAGCAGUGGGACCGCAUUUUGGGGAUAUAUCACGACUGGGAUCGGAUGGUGCGGUGAUGUUGCGUUGACCUGUUCUGAUAGUGGGAAAGCGGGUGUUUCGAGUACCGUUUGACAAAUAUUUAGUGGAUUAAUUUGAAUUUUGCCCAGCCACCAGCUAUUCAUUACCCAGAUUUGUCGAAUAUGUACUUUGUUAUCAGCAUUAUCCCUCCUGAUCGCUUUCAGGGACCGCCCUGGCGCCUUCCCGUUCGCGCCCUACUCGGAGACCUCCCAUCGUAGCUUCGUCUCAGUUACUUGGUCCAAGAAAAGACAGGCUUGAAGUUUGGA